AUGGAACCCCGUGGGGUGCAGCACACGGACCCAGUCACUGUCACCCAUUCAAAGAAGCUGAUCCCAAAGAAGUGGAUAUACGUCAUAAUUUAUGAUCAUUCGGACAAUCCCCUGGGAGCAGCGGUUACUCUGGCCCACGAACUCGGACACAACUUUGGAAUGAACCAUGACACCCCAGAGCGGGGGUGUGGCUGCAGGGUGACGGUGGACCGAGGAGGUUGCAUCAUGACCCCCUCUACAGGGUACCCGUUCCCUACAGUAUUCAGCUCCUGUAGUAUAAAGGAUCUCUCUGCCAGUCUGGAGAAGGGCGUUGGGAUGUGUCUGUUCAACAUGCCUGAGGUCAAGGUUCUCUACGGGGGACAGAAGUGUGGCAACGGAUACGUGGAGGAAGGAGAGGAGUGUGACUGUGGAGAACUGGAGGAGUGUAUGAACCCGUGCUGUAACUCUACAACCUGUACUCUGAAGGGUGAUGCUGUGUGUGCUCACGGACAGUGCUGUCAUGACUGCCUGCUGAAAGCAGCGGGCACCCCGUGCAGGGAUUCCAGUAACUCAUGUGACCUGCCAGAGUUCUGUACCGGUGCCAACCCCCAUUGCCCUGCUAAUGUGUACCUGCAUGACGGGCACGCCUGUCACAACGUUGACGGACACUGCUACAAUGGGAUCUGCCAGACACACGAGCAGCAGUGCAUCACUCUCUGGGGUCAGGGAGCCAAGCCCGCCCCAGGGAUCUGCUUUGAGAGAGUCAACUCGGCAGGAGAUCCCUACGGGAACUGUGGGAAGGACUCCAAGGGAUCCUUUGCCAAGUGUGAAGCUCCAGAUGCUAAGUGUGGCAAAAUACAAUGUCAAGGAGGAGCCAACCGACCAAUAAUAGGCACCAAUGCCGUCUCCAUAGAAACCAACAUCCCCCUCCAAGAGGGGGGCCGAAUGCUGUGCCGGGGGACCCAUGUCUACCUGGGGGACGACAUGCCUGACCCGGGCCUCGUCAUGUCGGGCACAAAGUGUGGCGACGCCAUGAUGUGCCUGAACCGGCAGUGUCAGAACGUCAGUGUCUUUGGAGUGCAGGAGUGCUCAGAGAAGUGCAGCGGUCGAGGGGUGUGUAAUAACAACAAGAACUGCCACUGUGAGGCCCACUGGGCUCCUCCCUUCUGUGACAAGGCAGGCUUCGGGGGAAGUGUGGACAGUGGACCGAUGAGGCUAGCAGACUACGGUGGCGUGGCGGUGGGGGUCCUGUUGACUCUAAUAACCUUCCUGGGAGCCGGCCUCAUCGUCUCCAUCAAGAGAAAGACCCUCCUGAGACUACUCUUCACCAACAAGAACAACCCUAUGGACAAGCUGAGGUCGGUGGGGCCUAACAGAUCAUCUGGUCCAGGCCAUAGAGAUUCCCCACGUGGCCAGCCUCAAGCCCAGACACAGACACCGCCACAGAAACACAGCAGCAGCAUCUUCAAGGUUCAUUUCUCUUCUUCCUCCUGUCAUGACGUUGGCCUGGGGGUAGGUUUAUGACAGUCAUAAAUACCUACAGUACCAUACAGUACCAUACAGUACCAUACUGUCAUGUCGUUGGCCUGGGGGUAGGUUUAUGACAGUCAUAAAUACCUACAGUACCAUACAGUACCAUACAGUAUCAAACAGUACCAUACAGUACAUUUACAUUUACAUUUAAGUCAUUUAGCAGACGCUCUUAUCCAGAGCGACUUACAAAUUGGUGAAUUCACCUUCUGACAUCCAGUACCAUACUGUCAUGACGUUGGCCUGGGGGUAGUUUUAUGACAGUCAUAAAUACCUACAGUACCAUACAGUACCAUACAGUAUCAAACAGUACCAUACAGUACCAUACUGUCAUGACUUUGGCCUGGGGGUAGGUUUAUGACAGUCAUAAAUACCUACAGUACCAUACAGUACCAUACUGUCAUGACGUUGGCCUGGGGGUAGUUUUAUGACAGUCAUAAAUACCUCUUCCCCCCUUUUUCCUCUCUCUAACCUAUUGAUGUUACAUUUGCAAACCCUUUGGUUAACAUAGAGAUUCUGGGAACAUCAGAAGGUGGGGGGAAAUGAACUAUAUUCUGGUAAUCCGACCAAUUGAACAUAUGUGGUGGUACUUAAUGAAUAUGAUGU